AUGCGGUCCUCGUUUUUCCGUGCCGCGAGCACAUUUUCGCGGAACAUUCAAACCAGGGCAUACUCUACGCCCCGGCAUCUCAUGUCCAUUGCAGACCUGUCGUCGAAUGAGCUUGCCAAGCUUGUCCUCAAUGCCGCAGAGUACAAGGCAGCCUACAAGGCAGGGAACUUCCCUGAAAAGCUAAAGGGCAGUCUAUCUGGUCCGGCAGUGGCUCUCAUGUUCAGCAAGCGAAGUACACGGACCCGGGUAUCGACCGAAUCUGCCGUGUCUAUGAUGGGCGGCCAUCCCAUGUUUUUGGGCAAGGACGACAUCCAGCUGGGGGUCAACGAAUCUCUUCUGGACACCUCCAAGGUGAUCUCGUCCAUGACAUCUGCCAUCGUGGCUCGUGUCGGACCGCAUUCAGACGUGACCGGCCUGGCUAAGGACUCAUCUGUUCCUGUUAUCAAUGCUCUGUCGGCCGACUUCCACCCGCUCCAGACCAUUGCCGAUUUCCUCACUAUCCACGAGGCGUUUCCGGCAACUGCCCCUGGCAGCGGCGGCCUUUUGCUGGGCGUUGACGUUGCCGUGGCCUCGCCCAAGGGAUACGGCAUCCCAGACCGGAUGCGGUCGCUGAUCCAGUCUUCUGGCUCCAGCAGCAAGCUCAUCGAGACGACGCGGCCGGAGGAGGCCAUUAAGGACGCCGACAUUCUGGUGACCGACACCUGGGUAUCGAUGGGUCAGGAGGCCGAGGCCAAGAAGCGGCUGGCGUCAUUUGCGGGCUACCAGAUAACCAAUGAGCUGGCGGCGCGAGGCGGCGCCAAGCCGAGCUGGAAGUUCAUGCACUGUCUGCCACGGCACCCGGAGGAGGUGGCCGACGAGGUCUUCUACGGCCCGCAGUCCCUCGUUUUCCAGGAAGCCGAAAAUCGGCUGUGGGCAGCGAUGGCCGCUCUGGAUGCGUUUGUCGUGAACAAGGGAGUCAUUGUCUAA